AUGUCAUCGGCGCUUCUCCGCACCACGCCCAUCGUGAGGACCGGCCUUCGCGCCGCGAGGCCCAUGGCCAUGGCGAGCACCAGCUUCGUUCGUGGCAAGGCCACUCUGCCCGAUCUUCCCUACGAUUAUGCCGCUCUCGAGCCCUACAUCUCCGGCCAAAUCAUGGAGCUCCAUCAUUCCAAGCACCACCAGACCUAUGUGAACGGCUUUAAUGCCGCGAGCGAAGCGCUAGCCGAGGCCACAGCCAAGAACGACACCAAGGCGGCCGCUGCUCAAGCGCCCCUCCUGAACUUCCACGGUGGUGGCCACGUCAACCACAGCCUUUUCUGGGAGAACCUGGCCCCCAACGGCAAGGGCGGCGGUGGCGAGCCCCAAGGCAAGCUUUUGACCGCCAUCAAUGAGGAUUUCGGCUCCUUCGAAAACUUGAAGAAGCAGACCAAUGCUGCUCUUGCUGGCAUCCAAGGCUCGGGCUGGGCUUGGCUCGUCAAGGACAAGACCUCUGGCACCCUGGGUCUAGUCACUCGUGCCAACCAGGAUCCUGUCACUGGCAACUGGCAGCCUCUCCUGGGUAUUGACGCCUGGGAACAUGCGUACUACCUGCAGUACCAGAACCGCAAGGCCGAAUACUUCAGCGCUAUUUGGGACGUCAUAAACUGGGCCACUGUGUCUAAGCGUUUCGAGAAAUGA